CCGAACACGACCUUCAAGAACCAAGUCGUCGCCGCUCUCUUCCCUUUCUCCUUCCAUUCCCAGUCCUACCAGCCAGCCUCUCCUCAGUCACCAUGUCUCACGCCGAGCUCGCUGUCUCUUACGCCGCUCUCAUCCUCGCCGAUGACGGCGUCGAUAUCACCGCCGACAAGCUCCAGACUCUUCUGUCUGCUGCCAACGUCCAGGAGGUUGAGCCUAUCUGGACCUCCCUCUUCGCCAAGGCUCUUGAGGGUAAGGAUGUCAAGGACCUCCUGACCAACGUCGGCUCUGGUGGUGCCCCCGCAGCUGCCGGUGGUGCUGCUGCCGCCCCCGCCGAGGCUGCCACUCCUGAGGCCGCCAAGGAGGAGGAGAAGAAGGAAGAAGAGGAAUCCGACGAGGACAUGGGCUUCGGUCUUUUCGACUAAGCGUUUGUUCCUUGUUUCAUUCUCCUUUUCUUCCUCGUUUUUCUUUGCUACCGGAUUUUCUCAUCGAGUGCCUUGUACCACGUAUUACGCUGCCGAACAAAGACCAAGAAAAGAAAAAGAGAAACGCCAAUGGGGAAUCUACGGACAAGGACAAGAGUAUCCGAUGGAAUGGAGACUGGGCGCUUUGUUCACAUGAUGAUUGCGUCAUGAAAGGCAGUAGACGGAUGACGCUAGGAUUCCAAUCCAACUUUUUUUUUCCAGGAUGAUAGUAAUUUGGCAUGUUACAUAUUUUAUCGGGAGGGAAAAAGGCAAAAGAAAUUAUAUUAUCCUGAAGAAAUUCCACGAUUUCACGAUACGUUACUGCUGGCUGAUAUUUCGUAGCUGGCAUUGAGCGUCCAGGACUCGACUUCAUAAUACAUCUGUCUUUCUGCAACGAAAAUGUGGAAAAGAGAGGGCCC